AUAGUUCCAUUGGGACUGAAACUCUCUAAUCUUUCUCCAUGUUGUAGCCAUCACGCUCAAUAUGACAUAAAUCAUGAAGUUUUGCUAGAUCUGUGAGGCAUUUCCAGCCUCUUCCGAGAGAGAGCAAAAAACGUUUAACAGAUACAGUCAAUAAUCUCAGGAGUAGAGAAAAGAUCUGGUCAGAUGGGACAUACUCAUGGGUUUGGGGGAAUGAGAUAUAGUUUGUUGCCUUAGAUUCUCAAAUAAUUUACAUCUGUUUCUUUGCCAGUCAGAUUUGUUCUGCCAACACAGAUGCAAUCUACAUAACUGACAUUCUCUUUCUCCUGUCGGCGACUGUUUUUUUUCUGUUCUGCUCAUUACUCUGGGAGAUCAUAAAUCCCCCCAACUAGAUUUUCCAAGACAGACACACUUCUAAUCACUACACUGGAUGAUAUCUGGAAGGGGAGAAGUAUUGUGCGUACCAGACGUGUCCUGAUGACUGAGACAAACUCCUUGCCUACUCGGAUUCUCAAUGUAACAAAGAUGAAUGAGACCCAAAAGUGGAAUGAAACUAAUAGAGAUUUUAAUUUUGUUACAAUCUCGUCUUAUGCUAUUGCACCCAUCACCAUUUUGGGUUUAAUUGGCAAUGGAACUAUUUUCUGGUUUCUCUGUUGUAGAAUCAAAAGAACUAAAUAUACUGUGUAUGUCCUGAAUCUUGCCAUUGCUGAUUUCACUGUACUCUUUUCAUAUAAUAUAUUUUGGGUCUUCAGCUUUAUCCUGUGGGACAAAUUUUCUUUUAAUGAUUUUUUCUGGAGUGUACUUGAUAUUUUGAGUAUCUUUGGCUGCAGUACCAGUUUCUUCAUUUUGACCGCCAUUAGUGUCGAGAGAUGCCUUGGUGCUUUUAAUCCAAUCUGCUACCACUUUAAUCGCCCCAAACACCUCUCAACCAUAUUAUGUGCUCUUCUAUGGGUUCUCUCCUGUGUGGUGACUGGAAUGGAAUAUUUCACCUGUUGGUCAUACGUAGACAAAACUGACAAUCCAGCUUACAAAAACUUUCCUGCUACAACCAUAUUCCUUACCAUGGUUUUCUUGUUAUUUAGUCCAGUCAUGGUCCUUUGCAGUGUCAGUAUGUUUAUUAAGAUACGGAGAAAUUCACGGCCGUCAUCUCAAGCCCGACUUUACCUCAUCAUUGUUAUCACCGUUGUUCUUUUCCUCUUUUUUGCUUUGCCCCAUAAGUUCAUGUGUCUAUUUGUCUAUUGGUAUCCAGCAACAGAGGUUGAAUGGAUUGUCUUUCACUGUUCUUCGUGCCUCCACUUAAUCAACAGCAGUGCUGAUCCUUUUGUUUACUUUCUUGUUGGGAGGCGGAGGCGGAGGCCUCGUGAGACACUCUAUAAAGUGCUUUAUAGAUCCUGCAAGGAUCAAGAGGAGGGACCAGUUCCAGAAAACCUAGGCAAAGAGCAAGAAGAAAGCUGAAAAUCUAUCAUUUCAAUAAAAAAAAAAUAUUUAGCUCUCGGAUAGAGAUUUAGUGUUGUGUUCUUGUUUGCUUUAUACAUCUGUUCUCCAGCUUGCCACGCUUAGAACCUGAUGUUGUCUUCCCGGUUUUCUUCAUUUAUCAUGACUUACUAUUCUUAGAUUUUAAAGACAGAUCUGCCCUUAUUAAAACAAAAUAUUAAACUCUGCAAUGGACAGUUCUGUACAAUAAAUAUAGUAUGGAUACUUCAUUUUGUAGCUGUACAGUGUUUUCCACAAUUAGAACAAGGAAUCUUGUACCCCAUUUAAACCAACACAGCUCUAAAUUGGUUAAUCUCCCUAGUCAGUGAAGGACACUCAAAUACAGCACACUAUCUCUUUAUGUAUUUCUGCAGGAUUGGUGUAAAACAUAAGGGCAGGCUUGAGAUAAGAACAUUUCCAAAACGGUUGCUUUACCAAUGGUUCUUCUUAUCUUUUUUUAGUGUGCUAUUUUUACAGUUCCUAAUGUAUAGUUUCUAGAUAGAUACUGUAGAUAGAAAGAUAGAUGGAAAGAUGAUAGAUAGAUAGAUAGAUAGAUAGAUAGAUAGAUAGAUAGAUAGAUGUUAUGUAU